AGUUAUAGAUAUAGUUGAGUCUGUGUUGUUUUGAAAAUCAGUAUCUAACUUAGAUUUGGUUGCACUUGAAUUGAAUGAGAAACAGUUUGGUGACGAUGUGGAGAGAGAGAGAGCAUUGUUCCUGAUACUGCUACUUCUUCUCCACCAUAUUUGUGCUACCAAGGACGACCAAGAACACCUUUGUCCCCCUUCUUUCUGUGGCAACAUCACCCACAUAAGUUAUCCAUUUCGAUUAAAAGGCGACCCAGAGAAGUGUGGUGAGAAAAGGUAUGAGCUUGGUUGUGAGAAUAAUGUUAUGGUGUUGUAUCUGCACUCUGCAAAAUACCAUGUUCAGGCAAUCAACUACAACAACUACACAGUGAGAGUGGUUGACCCUGCUCUUCAACUCCAUAACUGCUCCUCCCUUCCUCUCCGUUCCCUCUCUCGCUCUAAUUUCUCUGAUACUUACACUUAUUACACGGAUACAUACCAAGCCGGUCUAAGUUCAUAUGAAAAUUGGGAAUCUCUGAGUUUCGAGCAUAUAGUGUUUGUGAAUUGUAAGCAUACAGUGAGAGAGAAUGUAAAGUAUGUGAAAACAGAAGAGUGCGUGAAGUGGGACUCAAAGGGCUAUGCAUAUGCUUUUGUUGGUGACCUGAAAGCAGAGGACUUUGAAGUUGGUUGUGACAUAAAACUUGUUGCUCCAACAUCUUUCAGGAGUUUGAAUAACCAUUCCUACACUUCCAUGCAUUGGGGCUUGGCCUAUGGAUUUGAGAUUUCUUGGAUAAACCUUGCCUGCCAGAAUAAUCAUUAUUGUCCACUUAGAUUCUGCUAUUUCGACUCUGCGAGCCAGAAUCUUGAUUGCCAACUACUGAAGUUUACGGGAAUUGGAGUUCUACUCAAUAUGUUAGCUGGUAAGAUCUUAUCAUCUUAAUUUCUCAAUGCUUUAAUUACAAGUGGAG